AACACAUAUAAACAGUGGAAAGUACGUGGUGUUUUUGUUUUCCCUUCGCGGACGCUUCCCCAACCUUGGUCUUCCCUGGUCCUGGGAUCGAGCCUCCAUCGACCGAUCGCCAAGAAGGGAGUGAUUAUUUUCCUUCUGCUAGAUCUGUUUUCAUCCUCUUCGCCUUGAUCGCAUCGAAACCCUGACGACCGGAGGAGAAUCUGCCGAUCGCCAGCUGUUUCCGGGGUCGCCUUUGGUGUAUCUGAAGAUUCGAGGUCGAGGGUCGGAAUGGGUAGGAAAUCGGAACGAAAUUAAGGGAUAAUGGUCGGAUUGAGGUCGCCGUGGCGCGAUUGCAUGGGUGAAGAAUGCCAGUCUUGCGGAGAGGGGCGCGUCGUAGGGGCCGUGCUCCAACGCUGUCGCCUGUAGAUCGUCCUUCGCAGAACACCAGAGCGCGGACCGCGGCCAUACAUAACAAUCCCGGGCCUGCCGGGGACGCUGCUGGCGGAAGUAGGCGGGGAAGGAGUAGGGCCCCGGCGUCUGCGCCUAGGGGGAGGAGGAGAGUAAGAUCUGCCACAGGUAGGUUGGUCUUCAUUGAGGAGGAGGAGGGGAAGGAGGGGGAUCAGUUCAAGGAGUUGGUCGUAUUGGAAGAGGAGACGAAAGGAAAGGGGACGGCGAGACCAGCAGAAGAAGUAAAAGAGAAGGAAACGAUGGGUGAUGAUAGUGGUGGAUUGAGCGCCAAUAGGGUUGCAGGACAGGAAGAAGAAGGGAACACCACUCCAUUCCCUGAAAAGGUCCAAGUUGGUGGUUCACCUAUAUAUAAGAUUGAGAGAAAGCUUGGGAAGGGUGGAUUUGGUCAGGUUUUUGUUGGUCGGAGAGUCUCUGGAGGCAUUGAGCGAUCAGGUCUUAACGCUAUGGAGGUCGCAAUCAAAUUUGAACAUCGAACUAGUAAAGGCUGCAACUAUGGCCCUCCUUAUGAAUGGCAAGUUUACAGUGCUCUUGGUGGUAGCUAUGGAGUGCCUAGGGUACAUUACAAAGGCCGGCAAGGUGACUACUAUAUUAUGGUAAUGGACAUGCUGGGACCUAGUCUAUGGGAUGCCUGGAAUUCUUCAGGUCAAACGAUGUCUUCGGAAAUGGUUGCCUGUAUUGCUGUUGAAUCCAUCUCAAUCCUUGAAAGCAUGCAUUCAAAAGGAUACGUCCAUGGGGAUGUGAAGCCCGAAAAUUUUCUGCUUGGUCAACCAUCAACACCCCAAGAAAAAAAGUUGUUUCUUGUUGACCUUGGAUUAGCUACUAGAUGGAUGGAUGCUAGUAGUGGAGCCCAUGUUGAUUAUGACCAACGACCUGAUGUGUUUAGAGGAACUGUUAGAUAUGCUAGUGUUAAUGCACAUCUAGGAAGAACAGCAAGCAGGAGGGAUGAUCUGGAGUCUCUUGCAUACACACUAAUUUUCCUUCAUCGAGGAAGAUUAGCAUGGCAGGGAUAUCAGGGCGAUAAUAAAUCUUUUCUAGUAUGUAAGAAAAAAAUGGCAACAUCUCCAGAAAUAUUAUGUUGCCUUUGUCCUCCGGCAUUCAAGCAAUUUCUUGAGGUUGUGGUUAACAUGAAAUUUGAUGAGGAACCAAAUUAUUCAAAACUUAUUUCUUUGUUCGAUGGAUUAAUUAGUCCAAAUCCAGUAGUUAGGCAAAUUAGCAUUGAUGGUGCUCAAAAGGUUGGUCAAAAACGUGGUAGAUUGACUAUUGAUGAUGGAGAAGAGAAUCAACCGAAGAAGAAAAUUCGCCUAGGUGUACCUGCCACCCAGUGGAUUUCUGUGUAUAAUGCUAGGCUUCCGAUGAAACAAAGGUACCACUACAAUGUAGCUGAUGCACGUUUGUCACAACAUGUGGAGAGAGGAAAUGAAGAUGGCCUCCUUAUUAGUUGUGUUGCAUCUUGUUCUAAUUUGUGGGCCCUCAUCAUGGAUGCUGGAACUGCUUUCACAUCCCAAGUGUAUGAGUUGUCUCCAUUUUUUCUUCACAAGGAAUGGAUUAUGGAUCAAUGGGAGAAAAACUACUAUAUCACCUCACUUGCUGGUGCUAAUAAUGGAAGUUCACUUGUAGUCAUGUCAAAAGGCACUCAAUACACGCAGCAGUCUUACAAAGUAAGCGAAUCUUUUCCAUUUAAAUGGAUAAGGAAGAAGUGGAAAGAAGGAUUCCACGUCACAUCCAUGGCAACUGCUGGCAGCAGAUGGGGCAUUGUCAUGUCACGCAAUGCUGGUUUUACAGAACAGGUUGUUGAGUUAGACUUCCUGUAUCCAAGCGAGGGCGUCCACAGGCGAUGGGACAGCGGAUAUCGCAUUACUUCUAUGGCUGCCACUUGGGACCAGGCUGCACUCAUCCUCAGUGUGCCCAAGCGGAAGCCUAGCGAUGAGACUCAGGAGACCCUACGGACGUCGGCAUUUCCAAGUGCUCACGUUAAGGACAAGUGGGGAAAGAAUCUGUACCUGGCUUCCAUUUGCUAUGGUCGGACCGUGUCAUGAUACUUGCUGUGGUUAACCUCACAACCAUUUGCAAAGUGCGUUUUCCUGCAUCUCAAUUUAACAUGCACAUCAACCAAUGCUUGUCCCAUCUAUAUUGAUUUUCACUGUACCAUCGUAGGUGUUGUACACAUGCCGUCACAUGCUUCCCAUGUUAUUUAUGUACUAGUUAGUCAUAAACUUGGGGGUUGACUGUGCUGACUUUAUUGACGGCUUGUAAAAUUUGGCAUAAUUUUAAUAACUAAACAAGUAUAUUCUAGUUCA